GGUGCUAUCCCCCCAUUUUUGGGGUGCUGACCCCCCUGUUUGUUCCCCCCCCCCAGGAGAAGGUGGCCGAGCUGUCGGGGGUUCCCCCCCAGGACCAAGUGCUGCUGUUUGCUGGGACCCCCCUGGACGAUGAGACGGUGCUGGGGCAGAGCCCCCUCCCCGAAUUGGCCACCCUGGACCUCUCCACGCGCCUGCUGGGGGGGAAAGUCCACGGAUCCCUCGCCCGCGCCGGCAAAGUGAGGGGCCAGACCCCCAAGGUGGCCAAGCAGGAGAAGAAGAAGAAGAAGACGGGGCGGGCGAAGCGGCGCAUGCAGUACAACCGGCGCUUCGUCAACGUCGUGCCCACCUUCGGCAAGAAGAAGGGCCCCAACGCCAACUCCUGAGCACAAUAAAGCGAUUUUUGGGGCUCAUUCGCUUCA